AUGGACAUGCAACCACAGCCUACGUGGCAUUCAUUUUGUGAUCAACAUGUACUGCCAUCGGACGGAUUCUACGAAUACGCUGAAGAUGAAGGUGAUCGUCGUGCAGCUAACGUAAGGGAACGUAAACGAAUGUGUAGCAUUAACGUAGCAUUCAUUGAGCUAAGAAAUUAUAUUCCGACAUUUCCCUUUGAAAAACGGCUGUCGAAGAUCGACACACUCAAUCUCGCCAUAGCUUACAUCAACAUGCUGGAGGAUAUAUUGAGGUACCAUGACCAUUCACAAUAUUUUACAAUUUUUUUUUGUAACGGACAGGUUGGCUUAUUGUUAGAAACCAAAGGCGAUUAUUGGUAUGUGCAAAUCAUGAAUAUUGAUUUCCUGCACAAG